GUAUAUAAACUCCGAUCAUGUACCUCAACAGCAUCAGUUUCAAAUCGUCCUUUGCCGAUCGAACGUGGUUUAUACUUUUAUUUCUCAGUGAUUUUUGUGUUUUUAUUUCUUGCAAAAUGUCUCGAUCAUUCCUUAUGGAGUCCCUACUCAGUGAUAUACCUUUGAAAAAAGAAACUCUCAGUCCUCAUCAAGUUCCACCAUUACCAAUGCUCCCGUAUCCAGCUUGCUAUGUUGGAAGUUAUCUAUUUUCGUUGAGUAUUCAACAACAACAGCAGCAGCAACAACAACAGCAACAAGCCAUUCAUCAACAAGCCUUUCAAGCCCAGCAGAAUCCUCACAUGUUCCAUCCCUACGCAGCUGCAUCCUUAAUAGCCGCCAAACGGGAACGUGCCUCCUACGAGGAAUAUGUCUCACCGAAACGACGAAACAGCAGUUCUGGAUACACCACCGAUUUCUGCACUUCACCAACUUCAUCUACCAGUCAGGAUUUCCAAACAUUCGACGAUGUAUUUGUGCCGAAGAAAUCGAAGACAUCGCCGUCGGUAACACCUUCCAAGGCAACAACUAUCUCGCCAAAUAUUUCGGACUACGCCGAUUCCAGUAAAAGAAUAAGAACCGCCUUUACCAGCACCCAGCUUCUAGAACUUGAGCGCGAGUUCUCUUGCAAUGCCUAUUUGUCACGCUUGAGACGGAUCGAAAUUGCCAACCGGCUGAAAUUGUCAGAGAAGCAGGUGAAAAUUUGGUUCCAAAAUCGCAGAGUUAAGCAGAAGAAAGGUGGUUCCGAUAGUCCAACAUUUAAUUUCAAUGGCAAUUCACCGACGACAUCGGAAGGAGAAAGCAGAAAAAGUUGUUGUUGCCGAGGUCAGUCGCCAUCGUCUUCAAUCAGCUGCGCUGAAAACGCAUGUCAAAUGAAUUCGUAGAAAAAAAAUAAUUUGAACAGAAUUGUAAAUAAUUUUAUUAGAGAUAAGCAGAUGUUUUGAAAA